CACCGAUUCUCACGGGUGCAUCAGUGAAUCCCUUCCGUCUCUGUUCCUGUUCCAUCUCAUCAACCGACGCACCCAGCGACGUACAUGCCUGAAGUAGGUUUCUGUACACAUAGGCUAUUUAGCACCACAGUAGAGUGAAAUUCACCAGGGGCAUCUGUCCAAAAACCCCAUACACGAUUCGGUGACCGAACUGGUUCAUCGUUGUUCAUCUUCCAAUAUACCCGUUCUCAGCUCAGGAACAUGGAGUGGCGUUAGUACCUGCGGUUAGAAAGUCAUCUUGAUAUGUAGGAGGGUAAGUAACUUGUUUAGCUGGGCUCUGUCUUUUCUUCUUCAAGAAACGUACUCCUGAAAGUCGCUUCCCUCCCGGGCCAAGGGGUCUUCCUGUCGUUGGCAACCUACUCUCUAUACCGUUGAAGCACCCAUGGAUCGCUUUCCGGGAUAUGCAAGGAGCCUACGGUGAGUUCAGGUCUAUUGAGGGUUGCCUGAAUGGCAAGCCGAAAUUUGAACAGGCGAGCUAUCGUACUUCCAUGGUCUCGGGAAUUCGAUCCUCGUAUUGAACAGUCACAAAGCCAUGCUAGAUUUGCUUGUGAAGAAGGGGAACCUGUAUUGUAGUCGGCCGUACUUUGUCGUGGCUUGCGAACUCAUGGAUCUUAUCAACAGUACCGCUUUCGCACCUUUCGGUAAAAGGUGGAGACUUCACCGUAAACUCGCGCGCGUCGCACUUAGUCCAGAGGCCCUUCGAGAAUACGAGGGCACCUUGAUGACUAUAGCUGCCAUCCUCAACCGAUCUUUGGCCGAAUCCCCAGCAGACUUCAUUAAUCAUGCAAGGCUGGCCGCUGGGCGAGUUAUUAUGUCAACAAUGUAUGGGAUCUCUGUGGACUCCGCACAAGACCCAUAUAUCGUUCGUGCUGAAGCGGCCAUGGAUAUGAUCAGCAAAGCCGUCAUUCCUGGAGCCUUUUUAGUUGACCUCAUUCCCGCUUUAAAACACGUCCCUCGCUGGUUUCCCUUCACACGAUUUCGCACCGUCGGAGAGACAGGAAGAUCACUCGUCGCCGAGCUUGUCGCAAAGCCAUUCCAAUAUGUGAAGGACGAGAUUGCCGCUGGGACAACCGUACCUUCCUUCACAAAGGAUGUUCUCACCAAGAAUGAACUCCAAUCAGAACGCGAGACAGACGAGGCAUUUGAACAUGCGGUGAAGUGGGCAGCUGCAUCGAUGUACGCAGCUGGGCAGGAGGUGAUCUCUUCAAGUAUUCUGAACAUGAUCAUGGCCCUGGCCUUGAACCCCCAGAUUUUGCGUAGGGCACAAGUAGAAAUAGACUUGGUGGUUGGCCGACAGCGUGAUCCAACCCUUGGCGACCAAGACUCCCUACCUUAUAUACAUGCCAUAGUGAAGGAGACUCUACGCUGGCAUCCCCCGCUUCCGAUGGAUAUUGCAAGGGCCUCCACCGCUGAUGACGUUUAUCUUGGCUACUUCAUCCCCAAAGACACCAUCGUCAUUCCGAACAUAUGGUCUUUAUCCCGUGCACCAGAUCCUGACUAUCCGCCAGAAGAAUUUCACCCCGAACGCUUUCUGGGUGGCCGUGCUCACGAACCUCUACCGCCCUCCGAAUAUUGUUUUGGCUUUGGACGCCGAAUCUGUCCAGGAAGGGGUCUGGCCGAGAACGCAAUCUUCCUCAUGACAGCCUCUAUCGUUGCCGCCUUCGAUAUUGAACCCGCUAUCGAUGCAGUGGGGCAGAAAAUCCCCAUCCAAGUCCAAUACUCCAGCGGUCUUGUUAGUCUCCCGGAAGACUUCCAAUGUUCGAUCAAGCUUCGAACAUCCCCGUUGACAUCUCAGUAGGCUCAAAGGUUCCAUUAGAGUUGUCAGUUUUUCUCUAUUUUUAGUUGUAUUUAUUCGUGCCGAAGGACCAAAUUGCCAUGUAAUGAUUGAUUAAGAGAUUAGAACAGC